GAUCACAAACAUGUGUGACAAAAGCUUUUGAUUUUAAUUUUGGUGAUUCCUUCCCUUAAAAACAGUAACACCCCCAACCCCCACACCUCCAAAAUCUUUUCUUCAUCUUCCCAAGAAAUUCUAAGAAUCUUUCUUUUCCAUUAAACCCCCCCCCCCCUUAAAUACCCACCAAUUAUAGUGCUUUUUCGUUGCACUUUGAUUCUUCUUAUUCUUCUUUCUUUUGUGUUCUGCUAACAUCUCUUAUCAUUAUUGAACAAGAAUGGAUUUUUAUUCUUCUUCUUCAAGGGGAAUGGGGGAUCCUGCUUGUCCUGCUGGUGAACCCCACGUUUUAGCUGUGGAUGACAACCUUGUUGAUCGAAAACUUCUUGAGAAAUUACUCAAGAAAUCCUCUUGCAAAGUGACUACUGCCGAAAAUGGUUUUAGGGCCUUGGAGUACUUGGGCUUGGGAGCUAAUCAGGAACACUUUACAAAUAGCAAUGGUUCAAAGGUAAAUAUGAUAAUAACAGAUUAUUGCAUGCCAGGAAUGACUGGUUAUGAACUGCUUAAGAAAAUCAAGGAAUCAUCGAUCUUGAAGGAUGUACCAGUUUUUAUUAUGUCAUCUGAGAACAUUCCAACUCGAAUUGAUCAAUGCAUGGAAGAAGGGGCUGAGAUGUUCAUGCUGAAGCCUCUCAAACACUCUGAUGUCAAGAGAUUACAAUGUCAACUCAUGCAAUGCCAAUGACAAAUUGAAGAAAAAGUUGUGAAGUAUUUGGCAUAAGAGGAAUGACUAUGAGAAUUCUCAGACUGAUCAUGUUUCACUAUAAUAUAUUAACCUGUUGGAAUUUGGAAAUUCCUGCUUUCAUUAUAAGGCACAAAUCAUUUGUAAGUUGGUUAAAUUAAAGACUAAAGCAUCAAGGGAGGCAUGUUUUCCCAUUGGCUACCUUACUAAGUAUGUAACAUAACUGAAA